AUGGUGCACGUCUACAACUGCCACCCCUUCUCCUCGCAGCAGAUCGUGCAGGUGGAGCAGGAGCCUGGCCUGGUCUGCUGUGGGGGCGGGGCCUUGUUUGUCGUAGCCGCUGGAGGAUGUAAGGUGGAGGCCUACAGUCUGCAGCAGGAAGGGUGUCCACUCCUCUGUCGCUUCGCCACGAUGGGGACCGUGAAGAGCAUCCGCCACAGCAGCACAGGAGAUUAUUUAGUGACGAUAGAAGAGAAGAACUCUGCGACUUACCUCAGAGCUUACACCAACUGGCGUCACCAGGCCGAGGAGAAGGCCCGGGUGGGGGUGCGCUUGUUGGGGCACCUUCUGCGGGGGGCGUCCCAGCGGGGCGGAGCUCAGAUGGAGAUUAUUGAGAUCCCGAUGUCCGAGCGGCCGGUGGCGGUGGCCUGCUGCGCCCUGAGCGGAGACCUGCUGGUGGCCUGCGACUCCACCCUGGUCCUCUUCAACCUCAAGAGACAGCACCAGCACGCCACGGGACUGAACCCUUCACAGACGACAGGUUCAAACCAGCAGCAAACCUUCAGCACAGGAAAUCCUGCGGCUCUGGACUUUGAGCGCUCGGUGAUCCUGCAUCUGACGGGAUUCAAACCCCUAAAGGUGGCGCUGUGUGCUGGUUUCGUGGCUCUGCAGUCUGAGCUGGAGGUUCUGGUGCUGAAGCUGGAAUCUUCUAAUGAACCAUCGCCGACCGCAGAGACGCCGGAGCCGCUCAGAUACGACGAAGUGGAGGAGCAGACGGACUUCUUUGUUCUGCCGCCGCACCUGGAGCUCAUGGGAGAUCGAGCCCAGAGCUGUGGGGUCCCCAUCAGUCUGGAGAAGACCGGCCUGGAGGACCGCAGGCAGUACUCCGUCACCUACGUCCUCUUCAGGCGUUUCAGUCCAGAGUUCUUCCAGGGCUGUAACGUGGAGGAGACACAGAUCCACUCACUGCAGCUUCACCCCAUGUCCAUCCGUGAGUCCUGUUCUUUACAGUACAUACACACCUGGUCCACACACCUGGUCCCUACACCUGGUCCCUACACCUGGUCCAAACACCCGGUACCUACACCUGGUCCCUACACCCAGUCCCUACACCCGGCCUCUACACCCGGCCUCUACACCCGGUCCCUACACCCGGUCCCUACACCCGGUCCCUGCACCCGGUCCCUACACCCGGUCCCUACACCCGGUCCCUACACUCGGUCCCUACACCCGGUCCCUACACCCGGUCCCUACACUCGGUCCCUACACUCGGUCCCUACACCCGGUCCCUACACCCGGUCCCUACACUCGGUCCCUACACCCGGUCCCUACACCCGGUCCCUACACCCGGUCCCUACACCCGGUCCCUACACCCGGUCCCUACACUCGGUCCCUAUACCCGGUCCCUACACUCGGUCCCUGCACCCGGUCCCUACACCCGGCCCCUACACCCGGUCCCUACACCCGGUCCCUACACUCGGUCCCUACACUCGGUCCCUACACCCGGUCCCUACACCCGGUCCCUACACCCGGUCCUACACCCGGUCCCUACACCCGGUCCCUACACCCGGUCCCUACACCCGGUCCCUACACCCGGUCCCUACACCCGGUCCCUACACCCGGUCCCUACACUCGGUCCCUGCACCCGGUCCCUACACCCGGCCCCUACACCCGGUCCCUACACCCGGUCCCUACACUCGGUCCCUACACUCGGUCCCUACACCCGGUCCCUACACCCGGUCCCUACACCCGGUCCUACACCCGGUCCCUACACCCGGUCCCUACACCCGGUCCCUACACCCGGUCCCUACACCCGGUCCCUACACCCGGUCCCUACACUCGGUCCCUACACCCGGUCCCUACACUCGGUCCCUUCACCCGCCUCCUACACCCGCCCCCGGCCUCUACCCCCGGCCUCAACACGCGGUCUCUCUGUGUGCAGGGCAGCAGGUGGAGCAGCAGGUGGAGCAGCAGGUGGAGCAGCAGGUGGAGCAGCAGGUGGAGCAGCAGGUGGAGCAGCCGGCCUGUCUGUUCUGCUUCUUCUCGUUGCCAAACGCUGGAUUCCUGUACAGUGUGAGGGGAGCUGUGGAGCUGCUGUCGACCUAUCAGUAUCCAGAGAAGGUUCUGGAGGCUGUGCUGACCGACCACCUGCUGCAUGUGGUGACCAGGAGUGCGCUGCAGUGUUUCACGGUCCGCUGUGCAGCUCUCGCAGCGAGGAUCGACGACGCCUACAUCGACACCACCAUGAAGGUACGUCCCUCUGUCUGUCCCUCUGUCCGUCCCUCUGUCCGUCCCUCUGUCUGUCCCUCUGUGGGGGAAAGUUGA